AAAGUAGAAGUUGUCAUUCCCCGCGGUGUCGUCUGAUAAGGUGGACGUGUUGGUCGCACGCUGAUGUUGUUAACUUCUGUGCAGCGAGGAGCCAGAGUCGUUGUGUUCAUUUAAUUUUUCUGAAUGACUUAUAAAAGAAGUGGAAGUGCUUUCAUAAAGAAAAUACUAAUGAGCAGUUGUUAUAAGUAGGAACAUUGACCACAGUCAUGGAUAGCUCAAAAGAGAACAGAUGGAGUAGGGAUUUAGAGCAAGUGAACUUAAAAGAGGAGUUUAUUGAUUCUCCGGAGUGCGAAGAUGCAGUUUUGAUCCUGUCCUAUGAAGGAGAGCUUGUGGUUGUAACCAGAGAAGAUGAAUACAAGCAGGACGAUCAAGCCACUACAGAGUCUGUUCAUAAUCCAGAUGCUGAAACAAUUCAGAUUAAAGAGGACUUAAAAGAUGUUGAAGUGCAACAUAAUUUUGAAGAAAGUGAAAUUCAUGAGGUUAAAGAGGAAGAAGUGUUUGAAGGAGAAAAUACUGCAGAAUUUGAAAAGCAAGGAAAUGCCCUUGAAGAGAAAGUCAACAAGGCAAAAUCUGUGAUUCAAGAAAGUGAUUUACCACUUGAAGUGUUUGAACGACGAGCUGGAAACAUAUUCAGAUGUUGUUUUUGCCGUCAGAAAGUAAAAACACAGCCAUCAUUGCGUAGCCAUAUUCUUCGGCACCUAAAGAAUGGCAGCAUCCGCAAGUGCCGUUAUUGUGACUUUAUGACUGCUGUCACUCAGACUUUGCAUGAACAUGAAUGGAAACACACGAACUGGAGACCAUACAAGUGCCCCAACUGUCCUUUCAGAUGCCGUCUCAAAUCUGAUUUGGGGAAACAUAGAGCUACACACAGCUAUUACAAAAAGUUCUCCUGCCAUCUGUGUUCUUAUCGCACCAAGUGGCGUUCUUCACUCACAUAUCACUUAGACCGUCAUUCUGAUGUUCGGACUCUCCCACAUGCUUGUAGGCAGUGUGGUCAGGCAUUUAAGUUUGAAUCUGGUCUUCGUCAUCAUUUGAGGCAACGUCAUACAGAUGUCAAGCCUUUGCAGUGUGAUCAGUGUCCUUUUAGAUGUAAAACAAAAUACGAAUUGAACUACCACAAGACCAGCCACAGUGAUUACCGUCCAUUUGCCUGUAAAUUUCCUGGCUGUAAACGGGCUUGCAAGACCAAAUCAGACUUUACAAAACAUAUGAAAAUUCACAUAAAUGCCAGGAAUCAUGUAUGUGACUUGUGUGGUAAAGGCUUCAAAUUUGUGACUUCUUUAAAGAAGCAUGCAACAGUUCACUCUCAAGAAAGAAAUUUUGAGUGCCAGAUUUGCAGGAAGAAAUUCAAGACCAUUGCAGCUUUGAGACAGCAUAACCUUCUACAUCAGGGCCUGAAACCAUACAGAUGUGAUGUUUGCCUAAAAGCCUAUAGUAAUAGAAACAAUCUUCUGCAUCAUAAGCAAGUGCACGAAGGAGAGCGUCCAUUUAAAUGUCCAAUAUGUGUCUAUGGAGGUCGUGAAAUGGAGCAUCUUCUUUUGCACAUUGGCAGUGAACAUCUUAAAGACUUUACCUAUGUCUGCAGCAUAUGUCACAAACCUUUUGGAAAGUCACAUAAUCUUCAGGUGCACUUGAAGAAAUGCCACAAGGAAAAGAUGACUGGAAAAAUUGAUGCACUUGUCUACAAACCUCAGUAUUUAGACAUAAAUCUCCAGCCAGAAUAUGAGAAGCAAUUUACUCAUUUAAUAUCUGGUUCAGACCAAGGUAGAGUUGCAGGAUCUAGCUGUUCUAUCUCUCGCAUUUCACAAGGUCAUGCGUUCAAAAAAAGAGAAAGUCAGUCAGAUUGGGAUUCUUCAUCAUCAGAACUAGUGGGUGUUCCCCAGACACCUGAUACACAUUUAAAGGAAGAGUUUGAGUCAUCAUCCUCUGCUAAAGCAUCAGAUUAUCCACCAGUUAUUCAGAUUGGAACAUAUGGUGGUGUUGGUUUUUGUGUGGCCAGAAAAGGGUCAGGCUUUGUGUUUAAUCUUAAUAAGCGAGGCAAGAAGCCCAAUAAGUGGUUCAUGGCUCUGGAACAUAUGACACCAGUUGAUGCCAAGAGACACAAAGCAUUCUUGAGACGAAAGGAAAGAGAAUUUGUCUUGUCUCAGAAUAGAAGAAGAAAACCAUCCUUUCAUAAAAAAUUCCAGAAUCACAGAGGCAAAAUGUUGCCUGCACCAAAUGAGAGAAUGGUAAACAAAUCUAAAAGGUCUUUGGCAUCUGCCAGAAAUGACAAACCUUUAAACCAAAGGCUUGCAAAGGAGUCAAAGAAUAAUCUUAAUAAACAAAGCCAAUUGGGACAUGUAUGCAUUGCAAAAAGGAGGACUAGAAGCCAGGCUAUAGCUGGAGAACUGUUGGACCAGAAUGAAUCUGAUGCAAUUUUUGAGACUGAGUUAAAGAAAGCUGUGAUGGUAAGCCUCUCAGAAACUGUACAGAAGAAUAAAAAGCAAGGUCAUGGUCAUUCCAAUGAAGAACAGCCUGACAAAGUUUUUCUUUCUAGCAUCCAAAGAGAAACUGAACAAGUUCUUGACUCGACCUCUCAGUCUAGUUCACAUAAUUCGAGCAGUACCUUUAUCAGUAAAGCUGAUGAAAUUCCCAUGUGUUCUGGUGCUUCUUCUUAUCCUGCCUCAGUUUUAGACAAAGCAAUAGAUGAAUUUUGUCUGUCCCAUGCUUCAGAUGUUGGCACUGCUGGUCAGUGUUCCUUGGCAGCAGACAGGAAGAACUGUAAAAAGUCUGGCCCAAAGCCGAUAGCACAAGUUUUGACAAACGGGGGCAGAAAGAAACAGUUGUCAAAAACAGUCGCCACAGAGGAAGAAGUUGCUAUAAAAACGGCUAAACUGAACCAACAUGAAGUUUGUAUGUCAUCUAGCAGUGACACCACUUCCCAAGCACCAGAAAAAAGUGAAAUUCCUUUGUGCAGAGUGAAGUUGGAACCUUUAGAGUUUGGGCAGAUGUGGGCUCAUGCUUUAGCUAGCCAGGUUAAUGACUGUGUUUCAGAAACACAGCCACUGUCUCUAGUAAACAAUACACCUCAAGAUCCUACGCAAGGGAUGUCCUGGUAUUGUGCCAGAAGUAAGGAAAGGGGCUUGUGCUCAGUCCGAAACAGACCUCUACUUGAAAAAUCUAAGUAUUUGCAGAUCUCAUUACCUGAUAUAUGCACCAGUCCAAAAGUCAAAGAAAUGCUUCUCUCCCAAGGUUUUAUCAAAACAUCAAGAAAGGUCUGUCACAAAAUUGAUGCAACAUUCAAGAAAUACAAAAGCACAUCAGGGGCAGAAAAAACCCACAGAGAAACUCUUGGUAUUGGAGGUCUAUUAGUCGCAACGGCUGGCAGUCCUGCUGCUAGAAGAGAUCCCAAAGUUAAGCAGAUGGAGAAGAAGGCAAGAGCCUUUGCCCUUAAACAAUUAAAAAUACAGGCAAUGGGUAAGCACAAUAGUGACGAAAAACAAAGAGCAGUUUGUAAACGGUCUACUCCAUGGUCACUUAACAGAUGCCCUCCGAAUGACAGAGUUGUAAGAGAAAGGGUACCAAAGGUAAAUAGUGUUGAUGGUGGAAAGAAUGAAUCAUUAGAAAUAAACAGUGAUGUUUUCGAUGAUGAACAUUUUACAUGUGGUGGGGUUUAUUCAGAAAAUCUUAGGAACUUACAGGAAAAUUUAAUGGUCAGAACAGAAAAAGAUGAUUUCUGUUUCAUAGAGCAGAGGAAAGAAAACAUGAAAUCAUCAAGUAUGCUUUCUUUGCCUGUGUUGUCAGAAAGUGCAAAUGAUGUUAAUACAUCUACGGAAGUUACCUGUGCCAAGAAAUCUAGAAGACAUUCAGUAAAAUCCAGACAGUCCAAACAGAAACAUGAAUCAGAAAAUCUGACACUGGAUUUUGUAGUUCAUGAAACUGAUAGAUGUGGAACCUUGCCAGAUUUGCCAUUAACUAUUUUUUCCAAUUCUGCCAGUACAUUAUCUAGUUGUGAUAGAAACUCCUCUUCACCACAAGAACCAACAGCAGAAAAUGUGCAUAAAGCUAUGUGCUUACUAGAUCCUCAGAGGAAUACACAUUUUAAUUUUUAUUCUGAGGUUAAGGAGAAUUUGCCAAGUAAUACAGAAGCAAUUUCAAAUGGUGCUUCAAAUGCACCAGAUGUGAAUAAUGAUACAUCUAAUGCCGCAAACCUCACUAAUGCAUUUUACUCAUCUGCUUCUCAAUUGGAAUGUAAUUUAGAUGUUUCAUCAGUUGUUAUCAGUCAUUCUGUUGAUGAUAGGGACAGCACGGAUGCUGAAGACUCACAAGCUGUCAGCAGCUUAAAAGGAGCUGUACGGAGUGCUGUUUCAAAAAUAAACUCAGUGCCUACAACCAGAUCUGCCUCCACUGGAGUGUCACACUUAGUUUCUGAAUUUUUGCGGAAAGAACUGGUGAUAAUGGUGACCCCAGUUAAUCUUAAGUUCAGCACUGCAAAGCAACCACAGUCUAAAGCUGCUUAUGAUAAUACACGUAGUAUUCACCAUACAAAACGUGAAAUAUGCGUGCAUAAACAGGGCAAAUCACCCAAAGCAAAAGUAUCUCACCACAUUUGUGAUAGCACAUAUGUCACAAGUGUCGCACAAAAGGAUGCAGAGUUCUCACAGAAACAGUCAAGAAAGAGCCAGGACACACAUGAGCCACCCAGUCACUCACCAUCUUCUGCUCCUGCAAACAGGUUAGCAAGAAGAAAAGUAUCAAGAAAGAUUGUACUAUCAAGCAGUUGUUCAUCAGACACUAAUAUAAAGAGCUGUGUCAAUGACUCCAUGAUGAAUUGCGGUACAGCCUCUGGUGCCUUGCCAUGCAACGAAAAAUCUAGUCAGCUAGAACCUUUGAAAGUGAAAUACACCACAAAAAAGACCAAUAAUCAGACUGACUCUGAUAACAGUAAAGAUGCUUACAUCACACCUGUAACAAGAGUUAAAGACCUGCUUCAAAUCUGUGUUGAAAACAACAUAUAUAAUACUUACAAAGAAGACAUCUUUUCAAAUGUGGCCACACUGGCUGAAGAUAAAGUGAGUGUGCAAAAAAAGCUGAAAAAAGCAAAAAUUAAAACACAUACAAGAACAACGACAGUGUUUGCAUCAGAAGGCUUAACAGAUUAUUCAAGAGAAGGGUCGGAAGUCCCUGAUUUGAGGGCCACUUUACAUGGGGAAGUGAGAGUCAGCAAUGAGUGUGAUGGUCAUCCUCAAGAGAAGAGCAACAUGGCUGUGUUGUCCGAGAGUGGAAAACAGAAAACACAGUGUUCUAAGUCAGAAAAACUGUUUUGUAAAAAUACUCACUUGACAGCAGGAAUGAAAGUUACUGACAGUUUAAAGAGCAAAGAGUGUCCUAAACCACCAAAAAGGAAAGGGAAGUUUCUAGGGCUUGAAUCAGAUUUAAAGUACUCCAGAUUGAGUCCACCUUUGACCGCAGAGAAGUCUAGUCUUGGGCCAUUUAUGGAUAAAGAUACAGGCUCUGUAGCAUCUGUAGAUUUCAGUGUGACAGAAGUAUCACAUGCUAAGAAGGUAGGGAGACCUGCUAAGAAGGUAGGGAGACCUGCGAAGAAGGUAGGGAGACCUGCUAAGAAGACAGAUACACCUACUAAGAAGAUGGACACACCUGCUAAGAAAGCAGAUAUAUCUGUUAAGAAUACAAACACACCUACUAAGAAAGCAGAUAUAUCUGUUAAGAAUGCAAACACACCUACUAAGAAAGCAGAUACACCUGCUAAGAAGAUGGACACAGCUGCCAAGAAAGCAGAUACACCUGCUAAGAAGAUGGACACACCUACGAAGAAGACGGAUAUAUCUGUUAAGACAGCGGAUACACCUAAGAAGAUGGACUCACCUACUAAGAAAGUAGAUACACCUGCUAAGAUGAUGGAGAGAACUGUUAGGAAGGUAGGGAGACCUCCCAAGAAUAAAGUAUUACCAAGUAAUCAGAGUUCUCAUUCCUCUGUCGAUGACACACAGAAAAUUAUGGAAGGCACUUCAGGAGAAAGGAACAAUAUUACAGAAGGCAGCGUUCUGUGUGUAACUAAGUGUUCUGGUCACAACAGUGGUCAUGUAUUUUCCAAGCAACAAAACAACAACAAAGAAUUGAUACAGAAUUCCCAGAGCCCUUCAUCUGAAAGAGGGAAAGACCCAAAGAACUGUGUUCAUAGAAUAAAAAAAAGGUGUACAGCUAAACUGUCGAAACAACUUCAGCCUACAAUUCAAAAAAGACCAAGACGUGGGCAGUUCCAUAGAAAUGAGCCAGAAAAAAGUGAAGUGCAUAACAAAGGUAAAAGGAGGAGUGUGUCCAAUGCAGCAAGUGGCAAGACAACGACUGUCCAAGAGACGCAAAGAAUAAAUAACAGUGCUUUCAAAAUAAUAAAGCCUUGUGCCGAUGGGAAAAUUUUAGACUCUGAGAAAGCUCAAGAAGCAAGGAAGAAAAAGAAAUACAUGUAUGUGGAGCGUGAUCUGGGUACUGGUCCAGAUCAGCUGCCAGUUAUCAAGCGCAGACCUGGACGACCUCCCCGACCAAAAGUUAUCCUUGACUGCUCACAAACAAACUUGUGUUUCCCAUUGCAGGAGUCCAGGAACACUGCGUCUAUUCCCCUGUUAGUACCUGAGCCAAGUGAAACCUCAACAGUGCCUGAGGUAGACGUUAUUGAUGAGUCAGUAAUUAUGCUCCCGAAAUUCGACCAGGAGUUUGUGAAUGGGGAAACAGUAACAAACAACGUUACAAGAUCAAGUCAUUCACCUCCAGUUUUAGCACCAGAACCUUUGAUAAUACUACCACCUGAUCCCAGAUGUGUCACAGCAAAUGUCGAUAGCGAGGAUUCAGACGUGGAGUACGUCGGUGCUGACUAUGUGCAUGUAGACCUUAGUGCUCAGCAGCUUCCCCUGCAUCCUUUAGUCUCAAGCAGUCAGGUGCUAGAUAUGCCGUGUGAAUUGUUCCAACAUUCCUCAACUUUUCAGGAUGAUAAAGGGAGCAAAGAGUUUUUAGUCAUGAGUCAUGGAGUCAGCGCUGAUGAGUCUGCCUGUGUUCUGCAGUCUAGUGUUAGAGAUGCUGUAGCAGAAGGAGAGGGCUGUGUAUUUGACAGGAGCAGCUUUCCUGAUGAACACAUAAGCCACUGUCAGUCGAGAGAUGAAACCCUAAGGAGCAUAAAUGCGUGCGGAGCAAAAGAGGAAAUAGGUGAAAGUCACACAGAAUUUGGUAUUUCUCAGACGUGCAUUACCAGUUCUACGGCAGGUUGUUAUGACAAACUUGAAAAAGAUGAGUGUAUUUCUAUUAUGAACAAUGCCAAUUGUAAAAAAGAGAUCAGCUUGAACAACAAACCUUCCUCGUCUAUACUUGCAGUUGACCAGCUCAGUGCAAACGUUGGCACCAGUAAACAUGCAAAGCCUACAAGAGACCAUGCAGGAAUCAGUCUGGAAGUAGAUAUUACAAAUAAAAAUAAGGAUUUGGCGUUUGGUAUUCUUCCUGGCGGUGAAAUUGGUGAGGGGAAUGAUCUAAAAAGUCAAGAAACUGAAGAAGAGAGCCUUUCACAUGAAGGAGCACCAGCCAGAAAUAUUUCAGUGCCAGACCAGGAGAGAGAGCAGGCUGAAAUAACCAAAUAUCCCCCAAGCCGCUCACCGGCUUUCAGUGCUUCUGAUGAAAACAUUAACAAAUGUAGUACCAUUGAUGACCUUAGUGAGAAACAAAGUUCUUCUAUUCAGUCAGCAUGUUUAAAGGAUAAAGACAAGAUGCUUUCACAUAGAGACAAUAGCACAGAAAUUAAAAAUGGCAUGGCCACCAAUCUAAGUGUUAAUUCAGAAGAAGAAAUAACAGAAAGCAGAAACUUUUUACGAGAUGAAAAUGUAUCACAGUGUGAUGAGGAAUAUUCUUGUAAUGAGAAAGAGACUUUGGUCUAUUGUUCAAAUGAUCAAAAACUGUCUCACAAACUCACAGCUAGGAACCACCACUUGUGCGAAAUAAACCUGAAAGUGGGUAGUGUUACUACAAAUGACUCAACGACUGACAUUUGGUCAAACUGCCUACAGGACUCACUGGCAACGGGGCAACAUUUGCGUAUUGAAAGCUCAGCUUCUACUAGUAAAAUCAGUCGUGAAAAUCUGUGGACAGUGGAUGCCAGUCAGAUUUUCGCAACGUGUGAGGACAGAGAAAGUGAUCUUAAAGCAAGUAGUAGCCCAGUGUCCGUGAUAACGGAUUCCAGCGAGAGUUGUGAUGGAUCCACAGAAAUCAGUCCGAAUGAGAUUGAUGCAAGCACAAAUCCAGUUUGCUUUUCCGAGUGUGCAUCGAGGGGCAAAUUUAACGCAAUGGAGGCCAUUCUUGCAGAAGGCACAGGAUCAGCAGAGGGCAUAGCUCUUGAGUCAGGUGAUAUUUCUUUAACACUUGACAGAGUGCAAGAUCAGGGACAUCAAGGGGAUCUUGCAAACAUCGAUAGUAAUUGCCAAUUUGUCUGCCAGACUCAGAAGCCCGCUAAUGAUUGUACAGUGGAUCUCAAAAAUCCACAAAAUCUUCAGGAAGCCAGCUUUGACGAUGUUUCGUGGUUGAUACAAGAAGCACAAAACACUUCGAUUGAAGAGUCUGGCAAAUCACACGUUGCAGUAUCAGGUGAGUAUCAUUCAUGGCAGGGACAGGAUAUCUUGGCACCAUCCCAUAGCCUUUUCAUAGAAAACACACCUAGUUGCCAGCAAUCCGUCACAGCAGGCGUGCAGGCCCCGGAAAGCACAGUUCUGGUAAACAUUCAGGCACCCGCCAUCGCUGUUUGGCCACAAGGUGAGCUACGUGCAACGGCAGAAUCACAGCUACCACUGCGAGAAAAUGCAUUUGACCCCAGUUCCAUGCUAACCUGCUGCGAGGGCCAGAUGCAAAACCUAAGUAUGGCGCCAACAACAACCUUUCUAGAUCGCAUGGGUCUGCAGGAGAUUGUUACUGAUGGCUUCGGUCAUUUCAGCUUCGCAGCACCUGCGCCUCAUGGAACGUCCACCUUUCUCCAUGGCAACCCCAGUGUUAUCAGCAUUUCCACUCCCCACCUUAACAGCAGCAUGCAGAUCGGUCCAGGUCUGCAGUCUUCUCCUUUAAUAAGUGUUUCCCAAGCACUCCCUGUGGGUACCGUUUCUUAUUCGUAUCCCCAUUCCCCGGCUGUAACCUCCCAGCAAAAUCUGGUCUCAUACCAACCUAACACAGCUGACAUUUUGUGGCAAGCUUGCCAGGAAAUAGUCAAUACGUCCAGUGCCAUCAACCUAGCAGAACCAGCAGUGUUAGCUCAGCCUUGCAACAACACCAUGGUCCCCAUGCCCUACUCCCAAGACACCCAAUGUGCAGUUGAUGGAUUCUAUAUCCGACAGGAAGAAGCAGUGGUCAGAAGCAGGGAGGCGGCUGACAUAGGUACCGGUCAACUCUCAGAGUCUCAUCAGAGGGUCGUGACCUUACCUGACUCCCGCUGGAGAGGAGCCGCAGAAGAAACCUGCAUUGAUGUGAGUGAUGAAGACUUGAAUGCAAGGGACCGAACUCAUUUACAUGGUCAGAACCAUGACUAUUCUUUAUGUCUUAAUUAUCAUAACGAACGUUUGGAUUCUGCAGAGAAUCAGUAUGGUGAUUUUAACGUUGUACCUUUGUGCUUAGAGGCUGAUGAGGAUUGUGUCCACGAAAGCCUGCCUAGUCUUGAUUGCAGCUAAGGAGACCUUUUAAUAAGAAGGAAACUGAAGGGAACAGUCUUUUAGCUGCUCACCUUCUAACACGCCGGCUUGUCAUUAUUUCAAAAUAACUAAAGCAAUAUUCUGACUAGCUGUUGAAAAUUAGUGUAGUAAAGCAAGUUUCUACCUCUUGUCAUCCAUUCAGCAAUAACACAUACACCACUUAAUUUUUUGCUUGAGGGUGGGGUGGAGAGCAGUUUUAAUUAUAAAAUUGUCCCUUUCCCCUACCCCACAACGCAUACCCCAUGACAUUGUAGGACUUUUGUCCGCCCAUGUGGAAUCUAGUGAAAAUAGUGAAUGUAUUGUUUUCUGUUGGAAUAUGGUCACACGAGUAACGAGUACCGCUUCACCAAUGUUUUUGUACAUCACCGUGGCAGUCUUGAAAACAGGUAAAUUGUUAAGUAUAUUAGCACACUACUAACGCCAUUAUUUUCAUCACCACUACAACUGUCGUCGUCAUCACAACCGGCCAUCAUCAUUAGAAUAGCUUGUUGAGAUUGUGUGAGAGCAGGCCUAAGGGAUGGGUAGAACAAAGAUAAACCGGGUACAUUUUUCAAAAAUAUUUUUAGCCCCCAAGCCGAGACCCUGUUAAGGUCAAGAAGACGAGUCAUUGUUGUUACCGAUUUCUUCUCAGUCUGGAUACCCUGAAGAGGGGCUAUUUCCUAGCAAAACAUGGAAUCUUCAUUUGGGUGCCGGUGACCGAAAAUAGAGCUGUUGACGCCGCCCGACGGACGACAAGAAGCUGCAAGCUGAAAGGUUUGUGAACAGAAAUCUUGACAUUUAAAGGAGUGAGGCGGCGGAGCUUAAAAUCACAGGCUUACGGCGUGAAGGCUUUUGAUGAGCGUGGUCACCGAUCGAUGGUCUUUAAAGUUAGGGCUGGCCUACCCGAUGCUUGGAUGCACAUAUUGAUCGGGACAGGACAAGUGGACAGACCUGUACGAACACAUGCAUGCACGUGCACGCACGUGGGCAUCUUAAUUAGGAGCCCCCCCCCUCCUUUUUUUUUUAAUCUGAUGAACAGUCAAUUACACAUAAACUGCUUUCCCCGACCAGCUGUCCUAACAAGUGAAUUUUAGAGCUCUUCCGUGUAUUUCAAGGGUUCUUCUGGCCGCUGCCUCCAACCACUAAAUCUCAGGGCGCCCUUUCCCCCAUUUCGUUCAUCUUCAAAUGACGUGGAUGAAGCUGCUGGCCGUCGAGGACGGUGCCGGAGAAGCUCCACGUCGAGCGGUGGAGCGAGGGUGCGAUCGAUUUUCGUGAUUCUUGAUGGGAGGUUAACAUGGGGGUCCGCGGCCCCGUCCAAUACCAUUUUAUUGAUCAGAACUGGCCCGCACCCAUCUGUGCCGAAAGUAAACAUCUGCUGUUGCCUGGCCCUGCCGACGCCGCAUCUGUUGGAAGAUAGAAAGAUCGUGCAAUCAGCCGUGGGAGGCAGUCCGCGCCGAGAGCAAGAGAUGGGCGUCAUUUGAUGCCCCAAAGUGCACUGAGGCGAAUUCGCAUCGGUGUUGACCGAUUUAAUGGAAAGUUUUGCCUCCAGCACGCAUGCAGUCGCAGUUAUCUGGCUUUCACUACUCACAAGUGGGAGUGUGGUGGGGGUGAGUGUGGUGGGGGUAAUUAUGGCCGGACCUGUAAUUUCGCCCCUUCCCUCCAACCUCCCUCCCCACUCCCACAUCAAACUGAACAGUGGCGCGGGAGUAAAAGAGGGUGCUCGAGCUUUGCUUGCGUGUCUUUCAGGGCUUCUCUAUAAACCUUGUUUCUUAUAGACCAGACACACUCCACAUCGCCCGUUUACCGUCCUUCACGAGACAAGGAGUUUGAAUCAAGCUGGUAACGAGUCAGUAAUCUGAGGUCCAGUCAGCGGGGGAGGGUAGUAAGGCGAGAGAGAAAAGGAAAACUAUGUAUAGGAGUAUAGAAGACGAGAAAGUUUUUUUAUUGGGGGGGGGGGAACUGAUUGACGGGGAUCAUAUGAGAUCGUUGGGGUUUUUGUGUGAGUUAGGAUAAGACCGUUACACACGGAACUGUAUAACUGGAAAAGCUGGAGUGACUGGGGACCAGCGAGGAAGGAGACACUUUCAUGCAGAGAAGGAGCUGAAAAGCCUUGGAGCGGAUGGGAAUUGAGAAGAGGCGGAGGGCGAUGACGAUGUCGACAGAGACUGAUGGAGCAGGAACCGGAAGGAGCGGCACGCCUAUGUUUUAUCUCUGAGGAACGUGCGGAGAAAACCGGUGAUACACUGCCGCCGCCUUAUCUUACACUGCCCCUUGGAACCUGUUGUGCAGCGCCACCGGAUGCUUGAUUUUGCCCUUCCCUCCCCUUCCAAGAAAUGACAUUGUUUUCAUUUCCUUGGAUUAAUUUUUUUCCAUGGUGUUAAAAAUUCUAGCCACUCUUCUUAACGGCUUCCCAUCUCCAUCUCAUUUCACCAGCAGAAUGUCCAUAGCUCUCUCUCCCCAUCCAUCAGUUGAUUCCCCACUCGACCUCUGUGGCUCCCUCCUCCUCUUUCUUCUCAAAUGCCUCCCCUGAACAUAAAGAAGGCUGUGUGGUCGCCUGCAUUAGCAAACUGGCCCACAAGCAACAAGUUUUCGGCUGCUAGUCCGUUCUGCGCUGCCCUUGUCGGGAACAGUUAACAAGAGCUACUGGGUCGCUUUCACAUUACUCGGUGGAGCACACAUCAUAAUCCGCUUUUAGCGGCAUCCAGCUUCAUGGCAAAGCUUCCUUUUGUUCCCUUCCCUUUCAUCAGUGCACGCCAUUCUCCUUACUUCACUAAAAGCCAGUUGAUUCAUUUUAUAGCUAUAGAUUUUCCUCCUCUUACGACUGACUUGUUGUAGUGGAAAUCUCCACACACACACACGUACGCGCGCGCACUCGUUCCCUUUUUUCAAAAUUUUUUUUUAACUACAACUCAGACAAGCAGUAACUCAGAGAAGAUUGGUAUAGUAUUUUAAUUUUGCAGCCGUUGGAAGCUUUCGUGAUUAAUGAUUGGUUAAACGCACUCGACGGGCGUGACGUAUGCACCAGCUAACGGACGGUUUCGCUUCGUUUAACGAAGGGCAGUGAUUGCUUCUCACCCCUCCCCCCCGUCCCCGUCUCCCCCACAUCGACUCCCAUCCUCCUCACCGACCCGCCCACCCGUAGCUGCGGCACUCGGUUUUCAGUUUUGCUGCAACGAUGUCACGUGGUCGUUUAGCUGGAAGCAGUGUUUUAGCAUGACAGUCGCAUCCUAAUUUAUACGUAUUGCCGGCAGGAUAACGGGCUCCUAAUUUACACGUAUUGCCAGCGCGUGCUCGUCCCUCCAUGGGGUUUUUCUCGACCGUCACGUGACCUGCGUAACCUGCGACAACAUCGAAUGAAACUGUAGAAUUGCCAGCCCACUGCGGCGGCGGCGUGCAGAUCACAAAGUGCUUUCUUGGUAUCGAUUACAAUUAAGAUCGUUUACUGCGGACAGUGGAAAUGGGAGAGCCUCUUCUCUCUCUCUCUUUUUUUUUUUUUUUGAGUGUUGAGUGAGGUGGGGGGAUUGGUACACACCCACAAUCUUUGCUCGUGCAAAAUUGUCGCUUACAAUUUAACGUUCAGAAGUGACUCAUGAAGCAGCUUUGUUUCCGGAUUAUGUUGAUAAAAAGGCUCUUUCUCUCUCUCUCACACACACACCCGAUGUAAUCUGUGUAUACUCAGUCCUCUGAUCGUGUCGUUUUAAGUCGGUCCGCCCGUUCGUGCUCAAUGCAAACGUGACCCUUCCUGUCAUUGGAUACAUUUUACAGUGGCUAUUGAUGUUUUCGGCAAAUGGUAAAAGAGAAACGUAGAUAGUUUUGUUAAGUAAUUCUCAGCCCACUAAUCAAAUAUUUAUUUAGUUAAAUAAGAUUUCUGGCCCGAUUAAAAGGCGAGAAAACGAUUGAAACACUUGUGGCGAAUCGCUCACAUCGAGCUCUCGGCGUGUAACCUGUUCCGGUUUAUGGCACGGACAUUAGGUCUGAUCGCCGGUUAAGGUGCGACCGUGGUGGGGAAACGGUAUCAUUUUCUCAGCAAUUUCAGGCUUGAAGGAUUUAUUUCACACGAAAAUUGCCUCCGUCCUAGCCAAAUAUGAGAUGUUCCCGAUAUUUAAAAAAAAAAUGAAUGCAAGGAUUGUCUGCAAGUUAUUUUGUUGUCGGCUGUUUACUACAUGUGUGGAGAGGUUCCACCCUUCCCCCCGCCAUUUUCGAUUUAGAAGAUGGGUGGGAUGAUGCAUGAGUACUUUGUGAUGCGUGCUUUCUUUGUUGGUUUUUUUAAGGGGGCAGGCAGGGUGUUUAUAAGGUAAAAAAAAAAAAAUAAUAAUCUACGCGCGUUCAUCAUAGUUCCCCACUACGUUCUGUACUGAGAUUUUAUUCCGAGGGGUUAGCACGCGCCUUGUUCAAAACACCUUCUUGGCGUCAGACUGCUGUAUCCAGAGUCUGUUCGUAGUCUGCGAUAACGAACAUCUAGUGGGAAUGAAGUCUUUGAUAAGUCUCACGAUACACGAAGAGAACAGCAGUAGGCAUCUCAAGCCAAAGGCUGAAGAGGGCGGCUGGGCGGCGGUGGUGGUGGUAAGGAGUGAACGAAGACGGGUAGGGAGAGAGUGAUCGUUUCCCCAACUGCUCGAUAGCUGAAGCAAUGAUUUUGGCAGUGCCGUUGCUUGCCACGCAGUGAACACGAAAAAGAGAAGGCACUGGAUUUGCAAUCAUUUAUCUUUCAUGUGUAGGGAUUGCUUAUGUAUGAAGUUCACGCGAUAUUGUAACAGGACUUCCAGAAAAGAAGGCCUAUUCUUUAACAUUUUCAUUUCUAACUGGUUUUAUAAAGUUCUCACUAUUUCCAUAUAUUUUCUGCACUGCAGGUGCCAUGUGAUCUAUAUCUGAAAAAGUUACAAAAAGCAAACUUCAAUGUUUUUGAGCCGAAAGUGCAAGAGCGCAAUACUUUAUUUCCUCUGCAUUUAUGGCUGCAGAAAUUAAAAGGCAGAUAUUGAUAUUAAAAUAAAGAACUGGGAUUAGU